AUGGACCGCGACCGGCCCAAGGCGCCGCUGCUGGAGCUGCUGAAGGCCGCCGGCAACGGCCGCUGCGCCGACUGCGGGGCGGCAGAUCCAGAGUGGGCUUCUUACAAACUUGGAAUAUUCAUUUGCUUGAAUUGCUCCGGAAUCCAUCGCAAUCUUCCUCAAAUCAGCAGGGUCAAAUCCCUUCGGCUUGACUUCUGGGAGAAUGAUCUUAUAGAGUUUAUGAAGAAGCAUGGGAAUCUCUGUGCCAAAGCUAAAUAUGAGGCCAAAGUCCCCCCCUACUAUUACAUCCCCCAGGCCUGUGACUGCUUGGUUUUAAAAGAACAAUGGAUUAGAGCUAAAUAUGAGCGUGAGGAAUUUGUUGCCACCCGAGUCUGCCAAGAUCCUUGUUCUGCAGGUAGCCACGAAGGAUUCCUAUGGAAGCGCGGGCGGGAAAGCAGACAGUUCCAGAAGAGGCGAUUCCUCCUGUCAGCAAGGGAAGGGAUGUUGAAGUACUACACUAAAGAAACCAAAGGUCCAAAAGCCACUAUCAGCAUUGAGAAACUGAAUGUGAUGUUCCAGACAGAAAAAAUCCAACAUGCUCAUGGACUGCAGAUCACCUACAAGACAAAUGGUCAGACAAGGAACCUUUUUGUCUAUCAUGAAAGUGGAAAGGAGAUUGUUGACUGGUUCAAUGCCAUCCGGGCAGCACGUUACCAUUAUCUUAGAACAACCUUCCCAACUGUCCCUGAGUCUGAGCUUGUACCCCGGAUCACAAGAAAUUAUGUCAAAGAAGGAUAUAUGGAGAAAACGGGACCAAAGCAGAAGGAGACCUUCAAGGUGCGCUGGUUCAGCCUGGACUCUCAGGAGAGGAACCUGCUAUACUUUAAAAAUCCACUGGAUGCAUUUGCACUGGGCCAGAUUUUUAUUGGAAGGAUGGAUGAGGGCUAUGAAGCACGAGCUGGCUUGCCCCAGGGAGUCUGUGUGAAGAAGAGGAAACCAGGGAUCACCAUGGUCACACCAACGCGAGAGUUUUUGUUUAUAUGUGAGAACGAUAAGGAGCAGAGGGAGUGGAUAGACGCCCUGAAUGGAGUCAUUGCCCAGCCUUUGACUGGUUAAGACUAACAGUGAGUUCGGAGUUCUGGUGAACUGCACUGCUUGGGCUCUGUUCAGCACUGGUCUGCAGCCUCUGCGAGGGUGAUGUUCAGGCCCCCUCAGUGACUACCACAGAGGGCUUCCUUCAACAACUGAAGGCACAGGGAGGGUGGCAACAGAGAAACGAGUAAGGUGGAGAGCAGAUAUUCAAAAAUUAUCUGUGUCCCUGCACAACCUUCCUCUGAAGUGCCUUCUUUCUUCCUUCCCUUCUCUGCUGUUGAGCAGAGGAGGCCUUCCCAGACUGAUGUGGGGAUGAAUCAGUCAGUGUUGACUUAUGGAAAAAAAACAAACACAAUGUCAGUGGAGAAAGUCUGACCACAGAGGGCUGGCAUGAAUUUCCUUGAGGACUCCUGCAGGUGAUGUUUUAUCAGAUCCUCCUUUUCUUGCUUUGGUCCGAUAUCAGAUGGAUGCCUUUACAUCCAGAACGAUGUACUUGACAGUCCACCUGGUGGCAUAUAUUUUGCCAGUGAAUGUGAUCAUCUGUUACA